GGCGCCGCACUAGAAGAGCACCUGAUCCUGGACAACAGAUACACGGAGCACAGCACGGUGGGGCUGGCGCAGCAGUGGGACCAGCUCGACCAGCUCUCCAUGCGUAUGCAGCAUAACCUCGAGCAGCAGAUACAAGCCAGAAACCAUUCGGGUGUGAGCGAGGACGCUCUGAAGGAGUUCUCGAUGAUGUUCAAGCACUUCGACAAGGACCGCUCCGGUCGUCUCAACCACCACGAGUUCAAGUCGUGCCUGCGCGCGCUCGGCUACGACCUGCCCAUGGUCGAGGAGGGGCAGCCCGACCCCGAGUUCGAGGCUAUACUCAAUGUGGUGGAUCCGAAUCGCGACGGGCAAGUGUCGCUGCAGGAGUACAUGGCGUUCAUGAUCAGCAAGGAGACGGAGAACGUACAUUCAUCGGAGGAGAUCGAGAACGCGUUCCGCGCCAUCACCGCGCACCAGGACCGCGCCUACGUCACCAAGGAUGAGCUAUACGCUAACCUGACAAAGGAGAUGGCGGACUAUUGUGUAGCUCGCAUGAAACCUUACGUGGAACCGAAGACGGAACGACCCAUACCCAACGCUCUCGACUACAUAGACUUCACCCACACGCUGUUCCAGAACUAAGCACGCAGCACCGCCCGCGCAGUACCUUAUUUAACGCAUUAAAUAACAAAACAUA